GACGUCGACGCCGUUCGUCCGUCCGACUACUACCGAGCUCUCGGCACCAAGCCGUCGUACAGGAGCGACGGAUCUCGCGCCUGGUCUGGACGAUGAUCUAACGUCUCUCGCGUGUGGUGCGACGCGUGCGAUACCAUGAAUUGUCAUCAGAUACUGAGCGGCGCCUGCAACGCGGGCGAUCGCUGCUACGCCGUUGGCUCCGUCGAGGGAAUAUCCUUCACGGCGUAUGCAGCUGGUUGCAAUAUUGUGAUUUUGGCUAAUAAUUUCGAACGAGUUCAAAUAAUUCCCGGAGCAGUACACAAUUACAUUAGGAUCAGCUGUCUGGACUGUAGCACAGAUACAGGAAAGAUAGCCGCAGCUUAUGAAAAUCAAGUCUGCAUUUUUGAGCCAACGCCACUUAUACACAGCACUUGUUCACAUCAAUUGGAAUAUAGAUGGGUUCAAACAGGAAGUCUGCAAACAGAAUCGAAUAUCACAUCUUUAUCAUGGAAUUUAGAAGGAACAAGAUUGCUAACGGGCGGCGAAUUGUUGCAGUUAUGGCAUCAAAACAUCAUGCCGUUUCAAGAAGAACAUACCGGUGCAGUAACAUUCUCAAUUGGAGGAGAAGCAGAAAGCCCUGGACCUGGAGACACAUCUAUUGCAAAUGAUCCAGGCGGUUGGAAUUGUGUGUGGAAAUGUCGUACUGCCACACCAGUCCAUCUUAUGAGUUUCAGUCCCGAUGGCACUCUGUUUGCAACAACAGGAAUGAAUGAUAGAUUAGUUAAGAUAUGGUUCGAAAAUAAACAAUUAUUUCCAGCAAGAAGCAUAGAUCACACAAGUUUUUCUCAAGCCGUGGGUAGUGACAAUUAUAGUUUUGUUUAUGUUGCACACCCACGUGCCGUAACGCACCUUUCUUGGCGCAAAACAAGUAAAUACAUGCCAAAAGGCUCUGUAUCCAAUAUGUUGGUUACUUCAUGUCGCGAUAAUAUUUGUCGAGUAUGGGCAGAAACGAUACCGCCUGAAAUCGAAGGUUUAGCUAAUAUGAGUCAAUUUGAAGGCUCUGACAGGCACGGUCAUCAUGGCAAACAUCGUCAUCAUAAUAUGCACAAACAUCGAUUUAUGCAACGACUCAAACAUAUGAAGACAUGUUUUCAUAUUCGACGACAUGCUAAACAGCAACAUCAAGCUGGUCAUACGGCACCGACUUUACCAACGCUUCCAUCUACAUAUUCCGUACAUGAUUUUCAUAAUAACUAUCAAACUUCUGGUCAUUACCCAGGGAUGCAUUUCCAUUUGGCAGCCAGUAUUAAUGCAGAAACUGAUAUACCAUUAGUACCAAGCCUAAUUACCGGAGACCCCGAAAGAGAACCGAACUUUAUCUUACACUGGCUAAAUAACAAAGAAAUGCACUUCACCAUGCAAGCUGAAAACAUAUUACAGGAGUUGACUCGGAAAGUAGUAGAAAAAGAGGAAGGCUUGCAACAUCAAGAACAUGCCGAACAUGUGGAACAUGAUUCUGAAGAUGAAUGUACACCAAAGAAAGGAGUUCGGCUGCAAACAGCUCAGAAACCAAUUGUCGGCGGCCGAUCAAUGAGUCAAGAAGAUCACAGUAGUGAUGAACACCAUACUGCGCAUACUACCUCAUCUCAUCACAGUUUAGCUCACAGCGUGCAUUCUCAUCCCAGUCUUAGCAAUACAACCUCCAUCAAUUCUAUAGCGACGGAUGCAACAUCCACAAUGAAUCACGCGCCAGAUUCAUUGGACACGAAGAUAGAAACACUACUACGUGAUUGGCAUCACAAUCCAGACUUGUUAUUCUCGAUACAUCCGAUAGACGGAAGCUUUUUGAUUUGGCACAUUGAAUGGUUGGAUGAAUACCAUCCUGGAUCUUUCCGACAGGCACAAAUUUCAUUUUCCACUCGUAUUCCGAACGCAUUCCCACUCGGCGACGCAUCGACAAUGAGUCAUAAUGUAUCAAUGUACUCUCACAAUACCGGUGGGCCCUUAUUGAAUAUUCGUGAAGUUGCAAAAUCUUCGACAAAAACAAGCGAUCCUAGUGAAGUCGCGACACCUUUACCCAGUCUUAUCGAACAAGAUGAAGAACAAUCUACCUUGACCUCGAAAGCAGGUCAAGAACUAUUGAAAAAUAUGGAAAACACCAACGAUCAAAAUCAAACGAAAACCGAAGUUAACGCCUUGGAAAAUAACAAAAAUGGACAAGAUGCAGAUCUCUUGGCUCAUCCCAGUCCGAUCGUUUCUAUGGUGUCAAAGCACUCAAACGGUACUUUGAAUUUAUGGCAAUUAACAUUUGCGGAUAAAACGAAAUUUUCGCAGGUGUUGAGCAUAGGACACGCAUGUAGAGCUUCCGGGCAUCGCUUCCGUGUGAACGAUAUCACUUGCCAUCCCGUCUUACCUUUACUUGUAACGACUUCCCAUCAUAAUAUACCCGAAUUUUCUGGUACUCAAUCGAUGGAAUCUAAUGAAAAUCUUGCUACCAAGCACGAUACUUGCAAGGACAAGGACAUCAUGUCACCCACUGGUUUUUGCAGCGAAUUAAUAUUGUGGCGCGUAGAUGCUGUGGGGCCUCUAUCUAAAAGCGGUGGAGUUUCCGAAUUGGCACGUAUCAAUUCGCCUGAAAUAUCAGCGUUUAGUAAUGUAGCCUGGAUACCAACGUUAUUGCCAAGCACAACAUUAGGUAAUUUGUCCAACUCUCCUAGUGCUUGUUUUGUAGCUAGCGACGGAGAGUGUCUAAGGGUCUAUCAAGCUGUCAUCGAUGCCAGAACAUUAUUGGCGGAAGUAUCAAUUAGCGAGAGAAGAAGCAGGAUGAUGGAUUCCAUGGCUAGUCUGUCAACAGAUAUGUCAUCAGACGAUGGCAUCAGACAUUCCAUUCACGACAGAAUAAAGAUUGUAUCUCAGCAAUCGACCGCAAGACCGGGAUGCGUUAUACAACUUGAUGCUAUUUCCGACGCCACUCACGAUUGGCAAAACACACAAUUUCUCCACGUCUUCCAGGAACAAUUGAUCACGGGCGAGAGAAGCGACGAAAAGCAGCCUGGUAUCGAUACAUCGGCCAAUGAUCUGGGACUCAUGGAGUCCACGUUGGAUGCCAUGGUGGAUUUACAGCAAUCGGCAAUCUUUGAAGAACCGUUUUACAUAGUGGUUCUCGAACGUACACAGCAGGGCACCACUGUGCAUAUGUGGCGAUUGGUAAUAGCAUCGCAACCAGAAACUACCGGUCUGUCAGGAUCGAUGAUGUAUGUGCCAGAUUCUCAUUUAGUACAAGACGAAGAUGACGAAGGAACACCCGGUAGAUUGAGCCACGCGGAAGGCAGACGAUCGCGUAGAGCUAGUCAAACUGGUGGGCGAAGUCGUCGUGAGAGUCAAGCCGACCUAGACUCGACAUUCCUACCUCGCCGCCAUCAGAACAGUCACGUUCUUAUCACCACCACGAAAGUCUGCACGCAGGAAUUGCCGUUGCCCGAUGGGGUAGAAGUGAUCCACGCUGCUCCUGCCGCGGGACAUUUGAGUAGCUCCUCGAUAUAUCCCGCCUGUUUUGCACCAUAUAUUAUUGUGACAGCGUGCAGCGAUAGCACUGUACGCUUUUGGAAAUGCAAAGUGACAAAGAGAACGGACGAUAAAUUGGACUAUGAAUGGUGCGAAUGGGAAAUGACUAGGAAGGAUCAGGAGUCCACUAUCGAUAUUACUGGCCAGCCAUUAAACAUAAGCGCGGCUUAUAGCGGACGCAUCGCCUGCGCCUACAAAUAUGGAAAAUCGUUUACGCGUCCGACGAAAAACGAUCCGGAUUCGCGCUAUGUGAAUCUUUGCGUGGCUAUAUAUGAAUGCGAAAGCACAGGCGGCAGCGAAUGGAUUUUAGAAGACACGAUUCAUCUGAAGAAUAUUCAUCUACCGCGAAUACCGGUAGACCAGCAUCUGGAUCUCAGCUAUUUGUACGACAGUAGAUUUCUGCAGAAGAAGCAACGGCUCACUCAAGUAUUGCAGACUCUCAGUCAUGAGGAUAUAAGAUCCUCAAGAAAUGGAGAGAAUGGUGAUUCCACAAAGGCCGGCUUGUUGGCAGUACCAUCGUUUAGUACUCUGCAGUCUUUGCGGAAAUCAAUUAUAGAGAACGGUAACACGUGCCCGCUCACACAAAAACAUCUGGUGCAGCUCGAUUGGGUAUCUAAAGAAGAUGGUUCGCAUAUUCUAACCGUGGGCGUCGGCUCUAAAAUCAUGUUGUUCACGCCAGUGUGUUCAGAUCUAGCACAGGCUAAUAUGAAAGCAAUGAAAGAAUCGCAAAGCAAUAACAGGCCGAUACUGAGAAAGACUUCAUCGUUGGCUCAACCGCAGUUCGUCGACGAGAUCCGAUGGAUGAAACUACGCAAGAUAGAACUGACAACAGCGGACGGCCUGCCGCCACUGCCUAUGCAGAUAUCUUGGGUGCGAGAUGGUAUCUUGGUAGUCGGCAUGGAUUCCGAAAUGCACGUGUACUCGCAGUGGAAGCCAAAUCCAAAGAACGACUGCUUCCAUUCGAAUCUUCAACAUCAAGAGUCCGACGAGUUCCAAGCGAGUCGAAAUCUUCGCGACGAGGAUUUACGCACAUUGGCGCAUGAGACGUCUCAAAGGCGGUUGGCAAACGUGUCUUCUAUGCCACAUCUGUCGCGCGUCAGCAGUAUCAAUCUAACGAUGUUGGACGCCAAGAAAAAGCGCGGUAUACAAAACGAGAACCUGAGCUUCGAUUAUAUGCCGGAUUACGGAUUGUUCGAAGCGUCAAGGAUAGCCUGUCCAGUUUUACCACAGUAUCACCCUAAGCAGUUGAUGGAGUUAUUAAACUCGGGCAAGAUCAGAUGGGUAAAGGCUAUAUUGGCGCACCUCGUCCGGUGUAUAGGUAGCUCUUGCUCCUUACGAGCUGAUGACGAAAGUCUGGUGAAGCAGCGUGGCGGUUGGUCGCGAUCGAGAACAAUGUCGGUAAGUUAUAUGGGCACAACGUCACCGCUGGAACCGAGAGGUUCGACCACACAAAUUCCGGAGGAAUUGACGCUAGAUUAUGCGGAAAUUACAUCCAUCUCUCCGCUCCCGUUAUGGACCCUACUGAUGGCCGACAAAGAAACGAAUUUGCCGCAUCAGCAGAAUGAAGAUAAGCAUGAUUAUAACGAGCUAUUUGAUAGCAACCUCGACGAAGGAGAUUCCUUGGACGACAUGCUGGACGAGGAUUAUGAGUGUUCGCGACAGAAAGAUAGACGAUCGUCUGUGCCAGAGAGACAAGGGAUUUCUCACUUCGGCCCCAGGCAAGGCAGACUGGCUUCACGUCUCUUAACUCACACUCAUCUUCCGGGUCUCUCCAGUCUCGAUCAGAUGCAUCUACUCGCCCUGGCAGAUACCGUGUCGACGUGUAAUGUCGAUUUCGCUGAAAGAUUCGCGAUCGAUGCGGCGAAGAACGCGAUUGCCAAGGAAAAUCUAACCGGCAUUCCGGAUGGUGAAACCGUAUCCACCGAUUCGCUAGACGAUUGCGGCCUCAGAUUCCUCUUAGCAAUGAAACAUUACAAUUAUUUGAUACGCUGUUUACCGUUAGCGCAACGAGCGCAGUUCCAGAAACAGGGUGUCGCGUCGAAUAAUCUUGUCUGGGCAUUCCAUUCCGAAUCUGAGGAGGAAUUGCUGGGAUUAAUUCCAUCUUAUGCCAAAGGUCAACCAAAGUGGUCCGUAUUAAAAGAGCUCGGCGUAGGUUGGUGGAUCAGGAGCAACACAGUAUUGAAGAAGUGCGUGGAGAAAAUAGCGAAAGCUGCUUUCCAGGACAAGCAAGAUCCGUUAGAUGCGGCUGUAUAUUAUUUGGCGAUGAAAAAGAAGAAUCUGGUAUGGGGUCUGUUUAGGAAUAAACGGGACGAACGUAUGACUACCUUCUUCUCUAAUAAUUUUGCUGAGAAUCGGUGGAGGAAAGCGGCUCUGAAAAAUGCUUUUGCUCUACUUGGGAAGCAACGAUUCGAACAUGCGGCCGCAUUCUUUUUACUUGCCGGCGCAUUGAAAGAUGCCAUCGACGUAUGCUUAAAUAAGCUGAACGACAUCCAACUCGCAAUGGUGAUAGCCAGGCUCUACGAGAAUGAUACGUCGUCUCCUAAUAUGAGAAGAUUGUUGUACGAAGAAAUCCUAGGUUACGAUAAAGACGGACAGAAUCAGGAUAUGGGCAAAGUGCACCCUGAUCCCUUCUUGCGUAGCAUGGCCCUAUGGAUUUUGAAAGAUUACUCUGGCUCUCUCAAUACUUUGCUUUUGACCAAUGUCGGUCACAUGCAUCCGCAGUAUAACGAUGAAUCUGAUAAGCCAGAAGGAACAACAGCGAAUCCAAACGUCUUCAACUUUUACGUUUAUCUUCGUACGCAUCCGUUGUUAAUCAGACAAUAUAUCGCGUCCACUGCGCAAGACAAGCAAGGACAUUCUGUAGUGAUUUCGGGAUUCAGUUACGGCACAGAGACGAAGAGUCAAUUGGAUAAACACUUAUUAUUAGAGGAUUCCAUUACACCAUUAGAAAGGCAACUAUAUUUUACAACAGCGCACGCACACUUUAAAGCUGGCUGUCCAGCCCUAGCUCUUGAAGUUUUAUCUAAAUUACCUAACAAAGUUAUGGAAACAAAUGGUGACGAUUCCCCAAGUUUAUUGAACAGUCCAAAUAAGUCGAGAGCUAAAGAUGCUCAGAUAGAUACCGGUAUCAUUAAUUGGGGAAAUGAAUCAAAUGCAAUAAACAAUAAUAAAGAAACAGCUGCAGAUUGGAGUACAUCGUCAUUCGAUUGGUCUCAGAGUAGUAAACGCAUGGAAGAGGAUAAAUUAGAAUUAAACUGGGACGAUGAUGAGACAGGGGAAGGUGAAGAUGCCGAUAGUCCUCCCAUGAGUAUGAAACUUGACAAGAAAGAGCAGGAUACCGUGCAGAAAUCAGAAAAUGAUAAUAAUAUGGCAAAAUCAGCUGGACAAUUGGACAUCAUGGCGCAACAAUUAAAAUUUGUGGCCUGCUUAAAAAUUUUAAUGGAAGAACUAUCUACAUUAGCAACAGGUUUUGAAGUGGACGGAGGUCAGCUGCGAUAUCAGCUUUAUGUGUGGUUGGAACGAGAAGUAGACGCACUACGGCAACUUUGCAGCUAUAGUACUAAUGCAGACGGAGACGUGAACAACGUAACAGAAUAUGAAGGCGGUAUGGUUGAUGAUGUACCACCGCACAAGCCUGGAGAGCAGCCAACGUUGCACCAAAUAUUGGUGGCGGAAAAAUUGGAUUUUGAGGCUAAAGUACAGAGAGCUGCGAAAAGGAAGAAAUGGCUAAAAGCUAACGAGACAUUGCUGAGGACAUUGUUAUCAUAUUGUUCGUUGCAUGGCGCGUCGGGUGGCGGCCUAGCGUCAGUAAGAAUGGAGUUGGUACUUUUGCUGCAGGAAUUGCAACAGGAAAAGACUCAACAACAAUUGCUGAGUCCUCUUCCUUUCCCCACUACCCUACCUCUAUUAAGCGCCAGUGUCGCAUGCAAUAAGACUGUUGUGGCUGAUCCAGUUCGACAUCUGCAGUCUCUCGCACACGAUAUGCUACAAACGUUAGUAGAACUACGUAAUCCACCGAUGCCUAACAGAAAUACGCAUUAUUGCGAGGUAUUUAUCAUGAGAGAUUUAGCGGUGGCGCUUAGUGCCUGUAUUUAUCAGUCACUUUGCGAUUCGGACACAUUUGUUAUGAAACAUCACCAGCCAGAGAGUUUUCCGGCAGUCGCUGAAGUGGAAACGUUUUCUGGUGGUCAUUUGGUAGCCUCGAACAGAUAUCAUCGACGAUAUUCGACGGAUGAUGGUGUAUGUAUAACUACCUCACCUUCCAAGUGGCCAGGUGUAACAAAUUUGCGCGCGUUGCUAGCUCGGGAAAAAGAUGAAGACACUCCGAAGUUGAAUAUUUUACUUUGCGAGGCUUUUGUGGCGACGUAUAUGAGUCUUUUCAUCUACGCUCUGUCAAGUUGCGAUAGUCAUAUUUUGUACAGACUAGUGGGACAACAUUUUGAUAACAAUACGUGGUCCUGUCUCUUCGGCGGUGGAGUUAAGAAACUAUUGCGCGUAGCGAGUACCACUAGUAGCCAGGUACAAUUAAUUUUUAAUAUUCCAUAUUUUGUGAAUAUUGCUUUUUUUAUUUGCGCGUUUCUUUAUCAGGGCGGUAAUGUGAACAGCGUCGAACGGACUGAUAGUGUAACGAGUGAAAUUCAAAGUACCGCCAGUGGCAUGUGGAACACCAUGACAUCAUUGACUAAACAACGUGUCAAACUGAAUAUGAAAUUAUUGGGACAAUUUACGGGUCAACAACCAAAUAUGAAGGAGGAUAAGCCUACAUAUAGAGAACAAUUUGUUUCACCGCAAAUGAGCAUGAUUUCUUACUUUCUCAUGAAGCCACGCAUAGAGACUGAAUAUGCAGAUGAAAUUGAUUAUGAUUCUUCCGAUUCCGCAGUAUCUGACUUAGAUUCUACAGACGAUGAAGAAGAUGUAUUCGACACGGGUUCAAAGCCAAAGAGCAAACCAAAGGAUAAUACGGAGCAUAGUAACUCUAAUUCCUAUAGUUGGAGCGUAAUGAGAUUAGCAAUAGUUAAAAUAUUACAGCAACAAUUACAAGAUUUUUUGACUAUCGCUGGCAUAGAAAUGCAAGAAUUACCUGUAAGUAGUCCACUAAUCCAUGGUACACUAGGCAUCGUUGCGCAAUGGCAGGAAUCUUUACGCGAAGAAUUAGAACUUAAAGGUCCACCGCCAGCAAAUUAUAUACCUGGCUGUGCGCCAGAUCCUUCUCCUACGCCUGGAAAACCAGCUAUUCAUAAAUAUCGAUCGUUAUUGGAAAAAGGAAAUACACCAUUUAACACGCGAUUAGCAUCCGCAGCGCCUACCAAUCGUCUAUGGUGUUACUUGGUCAGACAGGAAUUGGUACAGGAUAUUUUUAUUCGUGCAGUAUUUGGGAAACGAAGAUCCCUGUCGACGAUACUCGAAAGUCAAUCAAUCACAAUCGUUGACAAUGUACACCGUGGAACUGGAGAAGAUAAAGGUAGCGAUAGUGGUACCACAAGCCUGCCAGAGCCAGUCAGAAUCAUUCAUAAAGAACAAGAUAGCAUCAGUGCCUUCUGCCUUAAUCAGGUAAACCCAGGUUUAAUGGCGCUUGCUACACCUCGGGAAGUACAAGAGAUGAAUAUUUCUCUGCUCCUAGAACUUCCGUCAUGGUUAGAAGAUGAAUGCGAAUUCGAUAUUAUCAAUUUGAAUAAGCAACCUGACCCAGAACCUGUACCUCCAACCAGUUUCUUAGUUAUACAGACAGCGGCAGAUCGUCCUUUGUUGGCGCAGAGUCCUCAGCAAAAUAGUCCUCAACCUCACUCAGGUAUAGCCAGUCAGAGUGGACGUGGCGCGAGCGUGAUUCUGAAGCAUAAAAUCGAUGGAAUCAGGAGAAUCUCUUCCCAUCCGCUUUUACCACUAUACUUAACCGGAUCACAGGAUGGUUCUGUGUCAUUAUGGGAAUGGGGACAUCAGACAGCAGUCGCUACUCCAAGAGCACCUGGUACUUUCGCCAAAGUGACCCGCGUGCGAUUUUCUCAACAUGGCAACAAAUUCGGCGUGGCUGAUUCCGAUGGUCAUCUGAGUCUGUUCCAAGUGGCCUGCCGAGAAGGAACAGCUCGACCAUUCUUCACUUAUCAGUGUCACAGCAAAGUGACCUCGGAUUUCGUCUUCCUCGGCGCAUGCAGUCUUGUGGCCACCGCGGGUCAUGGCUCGGAAGGACGAAAUGUAGCGUUGUGGGACACAUUACUUCCACAAAACAAAUCUCUCGUACAAGGUUUCAUGUGUCACGAGCAAGGAGCCAGCGCAUUGAUCCUGGCACCGCAACAUCAGCUGCUUAUUAGCGGCGGCAAGAAAGGCGACAUUAAUAUAUUCGACGUGCGACAACGGCAACAAAGGCAGAGAUUCCAGGCGCAUGAGUCAGCUAUCAAGUGUCUAGCGCUCGAUCCGCACGAGGAAUUUUUCGUUAGCGGGGCAGGUGAUGGUGAUAUCAAGAUAUGGGGUUUGACCGUCCAUUCUCUCCUCUACUCGUUUCCCAGCGAGCAUCCACGAUCUAGUUUCUUCAAAAACAUAGGACAGGGCGUUACCCAGUUACACGUGGAUUCCGCAGGUCGAUUGUUUUCGUGUGGAGCAGAUGGUUCGAUGAAAGUCCGUCAACUGCCAGAACGCGAUUGUGUAAUACAAACGCUUUAUUAGGAUUAAAAAGAAGUUGAUGAAAAAAAGAAGUGAAUACCGUGUAAGUAUAAUCACGCGAAAGAGCCGAUAUUUAUUGAUUAAUAUAUAAAUACACACACAAUUAUAAAAGGCGAAUCGUUGAAGAAUAUUCACGCGACUAAUUGAUUGCUGUUGUACGAUAUAUCCACUACUUUUACAUACGAACCGUGCGGACGGUACGGUAUCUCUUUGCAUGGCUAGUGUGUUGUAACAAGCUAAUAUAUCGGGUGUUACAUUUAUAAAUAUAUUAUAUAUCGUUUCAUCGAGAGAAAAACUACUACUUUAUUACAUGAAGUAGUGAAUUCCGCACGAAUAUUGUUGUUGUUGUCCAAAACUGAAGCUCUUAUAGUCUAAACAUAGCAAAGCUGUAAUCUUAGAUAAUGUCCCAAAGUGUUUCCCCCGAUCUAAAGAAAAGAAAGGAAAAAGAAAAACAGAACUACGAAACGACACAUAAAUAACUGUAGCGCCGAGAAGGCUGCGAGAACGGCACUGUAUUUUCCUUAAAGUGGAUUUCGUACAGAACGGCAUACACUAAUAUUAAAUGAUCAUUCCUUUCUCACAUGAAAGUAAUAUUAAACGAUUCGAUAAAUGAUGUGUAACAAUCUUCGCGUACCUUCAUAUUUUAAUAUGUAAUAUAUGUAUUUAUAAAGAUCAGUUGAUGAAUUCUACUGUUUAGCGGCGGAUAAUUUAAAGACGAUUUAGCCGAUUUUCAUAGCGGUUAUUGACCAUAGUAUAAACGAAAUAUUACUUUGCGUUACUGAAAAACUGCGAUUUCCCUGUAGUAUUUGUUGAAAUAGAAACAGUGUGUGCAAUGUAAGUUAUUCUUCUGUAAUAUAGUUCGAUAAAAAUUAGUUCGAACGUCUUAUAUAUUCAAGGUAUUUCUCUUCGAUGCUUUUUUGCCAUCGCUACUCUGCAAUGUGACAUUUGCAUAUACAUAUAAAUAUAAUACAGUAUAUUCGGUAUGUAAAACAUGACGGGCAAUUUUGGAUAAUGAGCAAAAUACAGAGUUUGAAAUCUGUAUUGCCUUCUGAUAAACUGUAUUGCCUUCUUUCUAUCUCUCUUUAUCUCGAAAUGUGUAAUAUAAUCAUCUGAUGACAGAUAAUCGCGACGCUAUAAUAUUUACUGCUGUAUUUAUCUUAUCGCAAAUAUAUACAUCAUUGCAAUAACAUAGAUAUUAAAUGGUGUAAACAUAUAUUAUUUUGCGAUGAACAAAAGAAUUUUUUUUCAAAUCAUUCAAACUUGUUUUAAUUAACCGCACAGAUAUCUAGAUAAAUGUAUUUUCCUCAUAUCCAGUUUUGUAAAUAUCACGUGAAUUGUGAUUGAACACCGUUUAAUGCGAAUUUGUUUGAAGAUGUGUAACGCCAUGAAAGAUUUUUAAUUAGUAUUGUUUCCGUCGCUACGAGUUUUAGGAGUUUUCCGCAAGUAAUUGUUGCAAGUAUAGUAUGAUUUCUGUUAUAAAGUAUAUAUAAAGUAUAUAUACUAUACAUUAUAAGCUAUAACGAAAGAUUUAUUUUUGUUAAAUGCACUUGUUGAAUGACACUUAUCAGUUCAUAUACAUACAUGUGUAUAGUCAAUCUGCUUUUGAUUUACACAUAUAAUGCACUUAUAAAGA